GGAUACAAUCACGCCUGCAGCAUAUUUAUCUUCGGAGCCAGCCUUUGCUUUUUGAUAGGGUAGCUCUUUAAUCUGUAAAAGAGCGAGGCCGGGUGCAACAUGAUAAGAUUAUCUCACGAAAUGCAACGCGAUAUUGCGUUUUGUACGACGAGAGACUAGCUAAGGCUUCUUCGAGAAAUGAGAAGCACUUAUAAACAACAUGGCUUCCUCUAGAGAAAGAAGUCUUUCGAGACAGCCACUGCUGAGAAGAAGAGCAAGUAUGGGCUCCUCUGAGGUCAACGAAAUCGAAGAUAACGCCAUCGAAAUGAGCAGCAAUGGAAUACAUAUUGAUGGAACGAAGUCCGAUCGCAUUAAGAAGAACCUUAAUAAAUAUGAACAAUUGUUUGGUAUCGAUGAGGAAUCAUCUUGUCAGCCUACAACGUCGAAAAAGGAGUUAUGGUCAUAUUAUCUUUAUUACAAUGGAGACAAUGGAGUAGGGCCGCAAAGCUAUUCUCAAGCCCUCUUUCAAAAUGCUCUGAGUAAAGCUGGCUGGGAUCCUGCCAUUACACCUGCUAAAAUAGGUAAUUGUACCACAGGAGGCUGUGUAAUCCCAUGGGGCAAUACCACAAGAUCUGUAUCUAGUGUGGUUUUGCUUGCCAAUGGGAUUUGCUUCACCAUUAUGUCUGUCAUAUUUGUGGCUUUUGGAUCGGUUGCAGACUAUGGGCAUUUUGGGAGAUGGAUACUUCUAUUUCUUACUGUUGUGUGUUGGGUUUUCCAAUACGGGAUGAUGGCUAUUACGAAGCCAGAACAGUGGCCAACGGCCAUGGCUUUGUAUAUCAUAUCAUACAUUUCAUACGGUGCUUCAUUAGUGUUCUACUAUGCACUGUUUCCCAGACUGGCCCGCUACAUGCCUCAUGUUCAGAAAGCUCGAGACGAAGAACUCAAAGAAGAAAAAAUAAAUCAAGAUGAAUAUGAUAGGAUAGAAAGUAUGGAAAGAAACCAUAUUAGCAAUAUCUCUACUGCCCAUGCCAGUAUCGGAUACGUUCUCGUGCUAGUACUUAGCCUUUCUGUCCUGAUUCCGAUGCAGGGAAAUUCUUUUGCUAACAACCUUGCAUUAUGCCUCACGAACUCAUAUUGGGUCGUUCUUGGCCUUCCUUGGUUCAUUUUCCAACAAUCACGUCCUGGGCCACCUAUUCCAAAAGGCAGUUCAAUAUGGACCAUUGGCUGGAAACAAGUGUAUCUCGCCAUUGUUGAAAUUCGUCAUCUUCCUCAAACAUUCACAUAUCUACUUGCAUUCUUCAUGCUUGCUGACGGAUUAAAUACAACCACUACUCUCGUGUCUAUUAUCCAAAAUGAAGUCAUCUCUUUCUCUUUUCUCCAAUUAACCUAUCUUGGACUUGCACAAGCUGUCACCUCCACGAUAUCCACUUUCUCAUUCUGGUACAUUCAACAAUAUUUCGGCAUUCGAACUAAACCCAUGUUCAUCGUCACCAACAUCUUCAGUGUUUUAAUUCCGCUAUAUGGCGUGAUUGGAUUAUGGACUGACAAAGUAGGUUAUCACCAUGUUUACGAUUUUUGGGUCUAUAAUAUCGUUUUUGGAUUAUUUCAAGCGCCUUAUUUCUCAUACUCUCAAACAAUGAUGAGUGAGGUUACUCCAAGAGGAUAUGAGGGGAUGUUCUUUGGGUUGUUUGGUAUUACAAAUAAAGCUUCUUCAAUUCUUGGCCCAAACGUUAUCCAAGCCAUUGUCAACCAUACCAAUAAUAACUGGAUGGGAUUUCCGUUCCUGUUCGCAUUAUGUGCUUUUGCGAGUAUCAUCAUAUGGUUCGUAGAUGUUGAGAAAGGAAGAGAAGAUUGCAGAAUCUAUGUCGCAGAGCGAAAAGCUGUCCACACGAGUACACAGAGACAAACCACCGGUGAUACAAAUGAGCAGUAGGUUCAAAUGGUAAAGUGAUAAUUCUAUGUGAAGAUGUCACUGCGGAUGUUUGGUGGAAGAAGAAUGGUGGAUACCGUCGAAUGGUUUUUUUUAGUAUUAUUUUUAGAAAUUCCGUACAGAGGAAAAGUUACGAGUCAUGUGCGCAUUUCUUCAGAGUUCUUUCAUAAGCAGCAAAACACCAAUUUAUACUCUACGCUUAUCUACCAGUCUGUCUUCUUUACGAUACAUAAAUGAUUUUGACCUUGCGGGGUAGUGUACAUUGUUACACACGAUUCCCUGUCUCAGUUUGGGCUCUACGGAAAAUACAAUAUAAUUACAUGGAUAGCUGUGGUUGCAAGACAAGUUUUAUUGAGCGCAUUAUCUGUAGCGGGAUAACUUUGAUAUUUAACGCUAAACAAGAGCUAGCAACAUAGAGCAUCAAACUUGACAUUCACGCUUAAAGGCUAACAAUAAAAGUCAUUGCGCCCUCA